GUCACUGAAUUGUUUAUCUAAUGAUGUAGCCAAUGAGAUCAUGUUAAAAUUUUUUUACAGACAACACCAAUAUCAGAUCAUAACACGCAGUAACAAGCUUGCAAUGCAGUCCAACCUGCUUGAACACAACGCGUCAACUCAUUUAGGCAUGCAUGCAUCAAAGUGUUCAAACCUGAAUUGCACACACACACACAAGUCAACCUCGAGCUAAGCAUUCAGAGGACUCCAUCAUGGACCUGGAGGCGCAGGUUGAGGAGAUCUCGUCAAAGGCCAAAUUUGGAGACCUGAUCGAGUUCUCGUGCCCGAUCGGCUACUCGCACUGGGGCUUGUACGACGAAGAUGGCUAUGUGUUGCACUUUGGCGUGACAGACGAGACGCAGCUCAUGAACAACUUCCGCACCACUCUGCAAAGCGCGUUCCCCAUGGCCGGUGAUAUGCUCAUGGGCGUGACCCGCAUUCGCCGGGUGCCAAUGGGCGAGGUCAAUCUCCCCAAAGGCGUCCGCGUCCUCAUCAGCAACAACCGGCAUGCUUUCAAGCCGUCAUCGCCCGAGGAGAUGAGGCGACGCUUCGACGCCCUGAAGGACGUGGAGCUGCCCUACAACUUUCUCUUCAUGAACUGCGAGCAUUUUGUCACAUUUGUGCGUUACGGGAAAGCCAUCUGCAACCAGAUUCUCACCAAGCCCCAAAAUAGAGAGACCAAGUCAGCCACCAGAAUCUUACGGGACAUCGUUGACUCUAAAAACCUUUCCUAAUCACACAAACACACACACACACACACACACACACACUCAACACAUACAAUGGUGUGUAGAAAUUUGUAAAUAGAAGAUCAUAUCAAGUCAUAUUAGGAAAUCUGCUGACUUCAAAAAUAAGAUGAAUACUUUCCUAAACGGCGAGGCAAUGAGCCAUCAGCUCCAGCAGACGGCGCUGUGGUGAGUAAAAGCUCGCCGUGUUCCUGCUUUUUAAUGACCAUUACCGCCACCUACAGGACUGGAGUGGAAAACAUGAAGUACGCAUAGGCUUGUUUGGCCUUGACGGAGGUUCUGGCUGUCUAAAAUAUAAAGAUAUACUCGUUUGCAUUGACUGUCACAGAAUUGUGCACCUAAUAAAGUUGCCAA